GAAAAACAAUCGAGUAUUCGUCACCACCAUAAUUUUGUGAAAACAAGUCGUUUUAUUAAAUGUUGGUUCAGAUUAUUUGACUGAUUUCCCGAUAUAACUGUAGGAUGAUGACUUGAAGAUGUACGGACAGAGUUUAGACUAUGAGCAAACAAUUGCCAUAUCUGUUUGAGUCACAGAUGGAUUUGAGUAGUGUGGGUGGGGCCGGCAGUGGAGCUGGGAACCACUCUGCAGUUGAUGCCAAUAUGAGCCUUGGAAUGGCGCCUGGGGGAAAUAUCACCACUACCGGUGCAGAUUUCCCUCCCGCUGUGAUACAGACAGAGAUUUGUCAGUGGAUUCUGUAUGAAGAUAUCAAAGAAACAAGGGUUCGUGUGUGGGAUCUGAUUAUCCUGAUACCCAAUGCUCUGUUCCUCAUGUUUCUGCUGUGGACCAUGAAGCCUGCCAUUUCCCGUCUCCGACAGCUCAGUAGCCCCAUAGUUACAGCCUUCUUCACUCUUGUUUUCAUGGUUUCUGUGAUCAGCGUUCUGCGAUGUGUGGUUGCAAUGACGGUGAAUGCCUCUGUCAUCACUGGUGAUAUCACAGACAAGGUGAUCUGGCUCGUGCUAAGGUUCUUCCUUCUCGCCACAGAAAUCUCUGUCGUUAUUUUUGGUUUGGCAUUUGGUCACCUGGACAGCCAGACGAGUAUCCGGCGUGUGCUACUUGUCACUUUCUUCUUUGCCUUCAUCUACUCCUGCGUCCAGGGCGGCCUGGAGUUUGGCUACCCGGACCCAAAGUUUCACGUGAAUUCGAAGAACUAUGACAUCUUCGCUCACGGAGGCAUGAUCUUCUGGAUGACUAGCUCCAUCUUCUUCUUUAUUGUAUACAGUUUCAUCUAUAUUUUACCAUGGACGAAGUUAAAAGACAGAUUAAAUCUACCUUCGAAGCGUGCAUUCUAUGUGUAUGUGCUGGUGUUGGCGUGUCUGGAUGUGACGCAGGCGGUCGGCAGCUCCCUGCUCUAUGCUGACAUCCUCAAUGGCAUGUGCGUGGUUGACCUGACAACGUACCUGUAUUUCACGUGCUUCCAUCCCCUCGUGUACCUCACCUUUCUGCGGGAAUUCUUCAAGUCAGAGGGGUUGGGCGUGCCACAGUACAAGUACCAGGAGGAUGAGGGGGGUGAGGAAGACAUUGUCUCCCUGCCGUACAACACCCCUCAUGAACCACACUUCCCCGAGGCUGACAACGCAAGCUUCGAUAGUACACACUUUGACCGAGGUUCUGCCACACCUGGCUCCUUGACCCCUGGAAGUAUCAAUGCGGACAUUUUCGGUCCGACACAGUCAUAUCAAAACCCCUAGACAUGGGAGGAGUAUCAGAGCUGUUUAUGUCUGAAAGCAAGUCUGUUGGAAGCCUUAAUGAAAACCAUUCUGGCUAUUGCACCCUAGAUAGCAGUUGUAUGCAGAAUAUGCUCUGGUACAAAUUCUUUACAUUAACUAUCAAAACUACUGAAGUAUGAAGAAAUUACAUUCAAAUUUCAUUUGAAACUGUAUUCUCUAUCAGUUUUAUGUUUAAUUUUGAUUCCAUUAUUUUUUAAAAAGAUAUAUAAAGUUGUGCGAGGGUAUUUUGAUAUUGUAGUAUGGUAGAAACCAUGACCUUCAAAUCCACAGUAUAUGUCUGUGUACCGAGUGACUGACAGCAACUUGUUAUUGUUGAAUAUGCUGUCAUUGAAUGUGAUACAUUGCAAAUCCUUGUAAGUGAUUUUCCUGAUUUAUGAUUGUUAUCAUUGAAAAUGCUUUUAAUAUUUAUGUUUAAUUAGUCUACAAUUUUUCAAUAUACAAUUAUAUUUAACUUUAAAAAUAUGCCGGACUUGCAUGUUUCGGUACAUGUAUAUGACAUAAGACUUGCGUGCUUCUUGUUAAUAAAGUUUUAUAGAGGUGGGUCCAGAGAGUGCCACGCAUUACAACAGUCCCACAUACCUCCAUGUUAUAGGGCUUCUAACUUACAGCUGCACUCUCACAGAUUGAAUGUUUUGAGAACUUUUUUAUUUUAUGUCUUGGAAUGAGCAGUUUUUUCGCAUAAAUAUUUGAAAACCAGUGAUGAAAGACUGAUGACAAAAAAUCAGAUCUCAGAUUUUCAUAUUUCCUCUCCAAAAAUUUAAAUUUGGAAUGUAAAUAUGAAAAUCUGCGAUAUUUACGUAAAAAUUUGCGAAUUCCAAGACAAAAAAUAAAAAGUUGGAAAAACAGUAAAUCUGUGAGAGUGCAGAUUUAAAGACUAAUAAUAUUUUCCGAUAUUGUGCGCCUUUAACCAACAAUCUGUAUCAAAAACAGUUAAACCUUGGUCCCAUUCUCCCAAAACAUACUGUUGCAUAGGUCCUAUUAGGAGUUGGUUCUCAGCGUACAAUAGAAAACAGCUUUAGAAAAUUUCCCCCUAAUUCUGAACUUCGUAUUCAUACUAAUAAUAUAAAAAUUGUGCCAUAGAUUUAUUUAACGUACUAAUAUAAUUUGAACAAAAAAGAAAUAAAAACAAUUGUACUCAUGUACAAUAUGUAAGUAAGGCAAAUCAAUCUCGUCCCCCUAGUGCAAUAACUCAAUAACUUCAUACAGAAAUAGAAUCAGAUAUUGAGUUCUUGCACUAAAGUGAUGCGUUGUUGUAUUUGAAACAGAAACAAAAAAAAACAAAAGUCUUCAAAGAUAUUUGAAUAUUCAUGGACAGUACGGUGUGUUUAUGUUAUCUUGAGUAAAAAGAAAUAGCUGGGUCAUAAUAUUAAAUAAAAUAAUUGUUGUAUAUUGGACAGAUCUGAACAACUUUUCUGAAUUUUCUUCAUUAGUUUUUUGAUAUUGUCUGGAAAAAAAGCAAAAGAUAAUGGUUAUGUGAUAGAAAGAAGUACAUUUAUAAUGUGUGUUUGGUUGUUGUUGUUUUUUUUAACUACCGGGCAAUAUUUUUUCUGUAAAUUGUCCAUUGUUCAAUUUUUCUUUUACUUGGAUAUACUUGAUUAUAUGCUCAGUACAUUUAAAAACCUACUUUUUUCCAAAAACACAUUUGGCCUAAAAAAAAAAUUGAUUUGGUUCGGGUUACCCGACCCUACCUACGGAAAAGGCGCCGACCCUACCGUUUUUAUAGUCAGUUUGAAAAAAAAAUGAAAAACUAAAAAAAAUAUUAUUAUUAUUUUUUUUUUUUUUUAAUUCCUUUUCAAUGUGUAGUUUAAAACCUUAAUUGCUUAUACAGGAGAUAACUUUAACACCAUUCUCCAAUGAUGAAAAUAACAUUCUUACAUAAAGCCUAAUAAAAAAAAUAAAUAAAAAAAAAUAAAAAGCCUACCUACCCUACCUAUUUUUGAAAAGGAUGUAACCCUAACCAAACAAAAAUUUUUUUUAGGCCUUUUGUGAAACUACCAGUUACAAAUACGAAGUAUAAGUUGAUUUCACGAUUAUUAAUUCUGAGUUUAAUUGAUUGAGAUCAAGUUUUGGUCAAUUUUUAUUUUUU